GCAUGGCCCAGCGCAUCACCCAGCUCGCCUCGCACCUCGACCCGCGCACGUGGAGCGGCAAGGGCCUGGCGCACGCGCAGCUCAAGGGCGACGACGACGUCGUCAUCGUCGCGGCGGGGCGCACGCCCUUCUGCAAGGCGCGCAAGGGCAGCCUCAAGGACACGCCCUUUGACGUGCUCUGCCUGGAGAUGUUCCGUGGCCUGCUUGCGCAGUCCGGCAUCGACCCGAAGCUCCUGGACGAUGUCGUCGUAGGCAACGUCGCCAACACGGCGUCGGCGUACCACGUCCGUGCCGCUGCGCUUGCCGCUGGCAUUCCGGCCGAGACGCCCGCCAUCACUGUCAACCGCUGGUGCUCAUCUGGUCUGAUGGCCAUUCGUGCCAUUGCAAACGGCAUCCAGGCCGGCGAGAUCAACUGCGGUCUUGCCGUCGGCGCCGAGGCCAUGUCGCAGCACGACCGCGAGCAGCUGUCCUUCUCGCCCGAGCUCACCAAUGCGAGCGUCGAGGCCGGCGACUGCCGCAUGCCGAUGGGCUGGACGUCGGAGAACGUUGCUGGCGACUUUAGCAUCUCGCGCCAGCAGAUGGACGAGUUUGCCGCGCGCAGCCACCAGCGUGCCGCCGCAGCACAGGCAGCCGGCGUGUUCGACCGCGAGAUCAUCCCUCUGACGGGCAUUGCCAAGGAGGGCGAGGCGCGCGUGCACAAGACCGUCUCUGCCGACGACGGCAUCCGCGGCAGCAGCACGGCCGAGAGUCUGGCCAAGAUCAAGCCGGCGUUCCCGCAGUGGGCGCCCGCCAACACGACGGGCGGCAAUGCCUCGCAGAUCACGGACGGCGCUGCGGGUGUGAUCCUCAUGCGCCGCAGCAUGGCGCGCAAGCUCAACGUCCGCAUCCUCGGCAAGUAUGUGUCGUGCGCCGUCAGCGGCCUGGCGCCGCGCAUCAUGGGCAUCGGCCCGACCUACGCCAUCCCGAAGCUGCUCGAGCAGACGGGCAUCAGCAAGGACCAGGUCGACCUGUUCGAGAUCAACGAGGCCUUUGCGUCGAUGGGCGUGUACUGCGAGCAGAAGCUCGAGAUCCCCGCCGACAAGUUCAACGUGAACGGCGGCGCCUGUGCGCUGGGCCACCCGCUCGGCGCCACGGGCGCGCGUCUGGUCGUGACGAUUCUCAACGAGCUGGAACGCCGCAACCAGCACGUGGGCGUCGUGUCGAUGUGCAUUGGCCUUGGCAUGGGUGCUGCGGCCGUCAUCAUCCGCGAGUAGGCGGUCUACGCAGGCUGUUGACCCUUUGUGUUAAUGUCGAGCACUUGAUCGAGCAUUGCGAGCGCGCAGCGGCAUCCAGCCACAGGAGAGCGGCAUGUGCAGCAUAGCGAGGACGCGGGCUCUCGUGCAAGACGUGAGCAGAGCAUCACAGCAGAGGAGGCGGGCGCAGCGUUCUGCCGCACCAGAGGAGAGCGCAUCCGACGCCCCGCGCGUUCCAGACCUUCUUCGUCGAGCGGCGCCUUGACCCUGACGCCCUCUGCCCAACUAGCUCAUCUCUCUUGCCGUCCGGAAACAGCUGACAUCACGCUUAGGAGCAGGCGACGUGCGCUCGCCGAUGCCCGACGCAGCGCUUCGGGGUGUCAUGAAGACGCCGCCGGAGGAGGCGGUCUAGCAGCAUGCGCCAAGCAUGUACGGCACACUUCGGCAGCGGCGUCGUACAUCAGCAUUCGCCUUG